CCUCCCUCUUUUUUUUUCUUCUGGACCCUUUUUAUUCAGUCAGGUUCCCUUUUACCCUUGUCCAGGAUAUUUGGUUACACGUGAUUUUUCUUUUUUGUUCUCUCUUUACUGCAUUAUUACAUGUGCAUAGUAAACAAUGCUUAAACCAGAUGACAUACAUACGUCUAUGAAUGCAACUGACUGAUCAUGAAAUAACCGCUUCUUUGUUUUCGAACGAUAUCCCUGCCAUUUCUUCCUUUUUAUCUCAAUGUAACAUGAGUUUUAAUAUGUAAUAUAUUACUUGAUAUUAUUACUUGAUAUUACCUAUGACCCUAAACUUAUUCAGUAACGUGUAACUUGAGCUGCAAUGGGAAAAAAAAAAGAUAAUGAAGACAUGGCAACAUUAGCUCACGCAUAUAAAUACUCACUGGACAUCCUGACAUCAAAUCGUUAUCUUUACACUUUUCUUUCCCUUAUUCUUCAACAUGCUUACUCGUACUUUCCUUGGAAUGGCUAUAUCUGCCUUUUUGGCAUCGACUGGUGUUCAAGCUGCUUGGUCCUCUCGCGGCCCUAAUGUCAUGUACUACUGGGGUCAAAAUUCUGCUGGUGGAUCAAAUACACAAGCAUCCUUAGGCACUUACUGUGAAUCUGGUCAAGUCGAUGCCGUCCUCCUGUCCUUCCUUCACGUCUUUAACGUUGGUGGUAUCCCUGAGAUUAACCUUUCUAACGCCUGUGCUGGUACCUAUUUUCCCAAUACUCAGCUACUUAGUUGCCCUGCUGUUGGUGCUGAUAUCAAGAAAUGUCAAGACAAGGGCGUCAAGGUCAUUCUCUCUCUUGGUGGUGCUGCUGGUGUCUACGGUUUCACAAGCGAUGCCCAAGGACAACAGUUCGCACAGACGAUCUGGAAUCUCUUUGGUGGCGGAAGCUCAGACACACGUCCAUUUGGCGAUGCUGUUAUUGAUGGUGUCGAUCUUGACAUCGAAGGUGGCUCAUCUACGGGUUACGUUGCUUUUGUGAACGCUCUUCGUCAAAAGUUCUCCAGCAACUUCCUUAUCGGUGCUGCUCCUCAGUGCCCCUUCCCUGACGCCAUUCUCGGCAGUGUGUUGAACUCGGCUAGUUUCGACUACGUCAAUGUUCAGUUCUACAACAACUAUUGCUCUGCUACUGGUUCCUCCUUCAACUUUGACACCUGGGAUAACUGGGCCAAGACGACGUCACCUAACAAGAACGUCAAGAUCAUGCUUACGGUUCCUGGCUCAUCUACUGCUGCAGGCAGCGGCUACGUUCCCAUGUCUACUCUUCAAACUAUCGUUCCUUCUCUUUCUUCCAAGUACUCCAGCUACGGUGGUGUCUCAGUUUGGGAUGCCUCUCAAGCCUGGAAUAACGGUGGCUUCAACUCUCAACUCUACUCGCUUGUCCACAGCGGUGGCUCCACUCCUCCUCCUUCCUCUUCUUCAGCUACCAAGACAACAACAAAAACGACAGCAACAAGCACCAAGACGACGACUACGACUGCCCCUACUGCUACCAGUACACCUGGCAGUUGUCCUGUUGCCAAUCAGCCUUGCUCUACUCAAAACCAAUAUGCUUGUACAGCCGAUGGCAAGUACGCUGUCUGCGACCAUGGCAAAUGGGUUGCCUCCUCCUGCCCCUCCAACACUGUCUGUAUCCCUACCACCGAUGGUACCUCUAUCUACUGUGGUUAUGCUACUGGCUCUGGCAGCACUUGCCCUUCAGCCAGCGCACUCGAAGUUACAGCUGCUUCCUUCGGCUCUAAGAAUGGUCCUGUGCCUCGCCCAUACAAGGCUUCCAAGGUUGCUGCACAACUCGCUGUUACUUCCACUGACAAGAAUAGCUUUGAAGCUGUUAUCAAUGCUCGUCGUACCACGCUCACUCCCUUUGAAAAAUCUGUUACCAUCGAAUUCACUACACCCUCCAACAUCAAGUUUACCGAAUCUGAUAUGGGCCCCGUUCGUCAAGUCGGCAACAAGGUUCGCAUUCAAGCCAAGAAUGACUAUAACGAAUCCAUGACCCUCGUCGUCAAAGUCAAGGGUUCCAUCAACUCAGGCGUCUUUGUGGCUCCCAGUACUUCUGCUUGGAAGUUUAAAUAAAUACUGUAUUAGAUAAUAAAAAAAAAAAGUGCAAUAACGUUUUAUUGUACGCAUUAAAGCAGA